ACCGGAAGUGUGGUUGCUGUUCUGGAAGGAGGAACACGGUCGUUAAGAAACGUCGACCAGACCCGCGCCACUUGUUUAUUUCUCCUUUUAACCUUUAACGUCUUUUGUUUUCCCACAUAAAUUGUCGGUCGAAACACUUCAUCGAUUAAAACGCCAGAAGCCGCGAUGGCGUCGCCGCUGGAGAUGACGGAGAUGUACGACAACGCUCUGCUGGGAAUCCUGCAGCAUGUUGGAAACAUCCAGGACUUUCUUCAGAUCUAUUUUGGGUUUUUGUAUCGCAAAACGGACUUUUAUCGCCUCCUGUCUGGUCCCAGCGACAAGAUGGGCUUCCCCCCCGGUGUGGCGGAGAAGAUGGUGCUCAAGACAUUUAGGCUGUUUGAGAAGGUGGCAGAUCACGACCGAGAGAGACAGCUGAGCGAGGUGCAGAAAAGAGUGGAGAGUCGAUGUGUUCCUCAAUCAGUUCAGGAGCUGGAGGUCGCCUCUGAGCCUCAGGAGGAGACAGAGGAGCAGAUCGCCGUGGCAGAACAGAUGGAGAGCUCCCCGUUGGAUGCUGGGCAUGUUUCAGCCCCUGCAGCCUCGGAAGCGACAGCUCCAGAGCCAGUCGGUCAGGGAGACCAGGCAGCAGCAGCCAGCACCAACUCAGCACAGCAGAGUCAGGAGAAAUUUCAGUGUGAUCCCGACAGUUACAACGGGGCAGUUAGGGAAAACUACAGCUGGUCUCAGGACUACACUGACGUGGAGGUCCGCGUGUUUGUGCCAAAGACAGUUGUUAAAGGCAAACAGGUCAGCGUUCGUCUGCAGACCAGCAGCAUGCGAGUGUGUGUGAGGGACGGAGCCAAGGAGGAAACACUGAUGGAGGGAGAAUUCAUGCACAAGAUCAACACAGAAAACACUCUGUGGAGCCUGGAACCUGGAAGCUGUGUGGUCCUGUCGCUCAACAAGACCUCAGAGGUUUGGUGGAACGCUGUGUUGAAAGGUGAGAAGGAGAUCGACAUCAACCAAAUUAACCGGGAACGCUCCAUGGCAUCGGUUGACGAGGACGAGCACGCGGUGUUGGACAGACUCACGUUCGACUACCAUCAGAAGCUACAGGGCAAGCCACAGAGUCAUGAAAUGAAAGUGCACGAUAUGCUGAAGAAGGGCUGGGACGCUGAAGGCUCCCCCUUCAGAGGGCAGGAUUUCGACCCGUCCAUGUUCGACAUCCCACCCAGCGCGGUGCAGUUCUGAGACACAGCCAAAUAUCUGCCAAGUUUGAACUGGAUCCUAGUUUAUUUAUAGAAGUGCUUGUAGUAAAGACAUUUACCUGCUGGUCUGCUGUGUUGGAGGUUUGUCCUUAACUCUAAGUGCAGAACUGAAGCUGCCUGUUGUGACGAGGACUUUUUAUUAUACGAAACCUGAUAAUCUUGUUGACUGUGCCCGUCUACAGUGCCUUGUCUGCCCUACUGAGGUACUGUAUUCUUUUUUUUUUCUCCAUUUCUAUUCUCAUAGCACUGCCCCAAAAUACAUUGAAUCAUCUGUCAUUAUUACUGGUCACUAUUAUUUCCAUCCUUCUCAAAGUGAUAGAGGAGAGCCCACCUCUGUUUUCUAUCUGAUCAGGAUGAUAAUACUAAUAAUAUAUCAGAUGGAGCUGUAUAAUGAAGAAUGGAGUAGUUUCAAUCUCUUAAUUGCAUCUGAACAUUUGAUAGGCUUGUUUUCUUUCGGUAGUGAAACAAAGGAAGAGUAAAUUAACGUCUGUUAACAGUAGGAUGUCUUGCGGCAGAUUAUUUUUUCCAUUUCAGCCAAUUUCCUUAAAGAAAUUCUAAUUCUGAAUGUUCAGCCAAUGUAGGGUCAAUCUUCCAUGAUCGAUCCUUGUACACAUGAUCACUGAAGAGCAGCUCUUCAGAAUGAUUUGUUCACUACGCAGUGAGCAGGAGGAAUUUAUUUUGAUCCAGAUCCUCGAUACUGACCAGAAGGCAUAGCUACUUAUAAACCCUUAUCAACGGCUGCAGAGGUCUGCCAGUCGUGAUGAAUUCAGCUAGAGAGUGCGUUUUUGCCUUGUUUGAGUCCUGAUGAAUUUAUCCACAGGAACAAAAUAAGCAAUGACCAGUGGAAAGGCUCAUUAUACAAAUUUUGGGGAAAAUGUGAAGCAGAAAUAAGUGUUAAGAGGUCGCUCAACGAUUAUCUUGACGAAAUCCAUGGCUCUUCAUGUUAAAACAAGAGCUUUAAAGACAGAUAGUUAGAGUAAAGGAGGGUAAAUAAUAGCCAAAGGCGUUUUUUAAACUGGACAACCCAUGCUCUGAAAAAGGUGAGCAUUAGCAAUUAACUACUAGAUGAAUUUUACUCCAUAAUAAACUUAGGGAUUCCUUUUAAAGUAUGUCUGCUUAGACAACAGUGCCAAGGGUAGGUGUAAGGUAAAGAGAGACUUGUAUUAAAGAAUACAAUUACAAAGACAUACAAGAAGCUAGAAUAACUGCCCUGGGACAGUAUGACUCCAACAUCGGUGCAGUUUCAGUCUUCAUACAUUUUGUUUCCAGACUAAGGUCACUAUGACCCUUGACCUCUGAAAUCUAAUCAGUAAAUUUUUUUCAAGUGACAACUGGGUCAAAUUUGAAGAAAUUCCCUGAAGUCGUUAAAGAUAUGUUCAAGAGGCUAAAGACAUUUUUUGUGAGGCCAGUUUGACUUUGUUGGUGUUAGUGAGCCUCAUGCUAGAUCCUCAGUCAGUUACUUAGAAGAGUUUUUGAUUGUUGAGUGUUACCAGCAGAGAUUUUUAUUUAUUUUCCUACUUACUAAUCCUGACAUGCCAUAUAAGUCUGAAGGAGGUAUUCAAGUUCGGAGGUUUCUUUUUUAGAUGGUACGCUAUCGAAGCAUGAGCCACAGUUAAAAUCAUUUCAUUUAAAGAAAACACAAAAGAAGCAAAGGCAUUCUUAAGAUAAGACUAAAGGUUUUUUUAUGUCACUGUGAUGAAAUUUGUAAAAAAAAAAAUCGAGUCAGCUGGUCUUUGAGUUUGAGUAAAAGUGCUUUCCAGAUUGGAAGAAAUUUCCUUGUGGUGUCCCUAACAUGUUCAAUUCAUGAGAUCUAAAACAUACUUGUGAGGCCACAGUGACUUUGACCUUUGGUUACUAAUAUCAAAUCAGUUCAUUGUUGAAUCAAGGUGAAUGUUUGUACCAAAUUUGAAUAAAUUCCCUCAAGGUGUUCUUGAGAUAAUGCUUUCACAAUAACUGGACAGAUGGACGGACUGGCAUGGAGGCAUGAAAACCCACAAAUUCGAAAUUGUGUACGUUAUCUCCCCUGAGCUUAAUUCAGCUCAGCUCUCAUCCAUCGUUCCACUCAGAAAAUGGAAGGGAUGAGUUGAUAAUGUACCAGAUAAACAAGAGGAGGAAAAAUAAUGUAGAUGACGGAAAGACCGAAAGGGAGAGUGAAGUAACCCUGGGACACUGGGUCGCCUAAUGAAAACCUUGCAUUUCCACAAAUGAAUGCCAGAGGCAGGAUUUGAAAAUGGCCUUCUCUGAAUGUUUGUAAAUAUAAAGUUCAGAUCAUUGCCACUUACUCAUUGAUCAGAAAUGAUUAGUUUCCAUCUUUGUUUGACGGCCUUACUUAAAUAAAAUUAAAAACCCUUCAGACGGUCAAUGCAUAUAUUAUGCACAUGUUAUUAUAAUGUCUACUAUAAUGCAUAUUGAAGUCAUUAAUACCAUACAAUGAUGAAAGAUUGGUUAAUCUAAAUGUGCUGCAAAUAAUGUCAGUUGCAAAAGUUAAUGGAGAUAUUUCAUGAAGAUAUAACUUGUCAGAACUGUUGAUCCUUCUUUUGGGUCUUUUAUCUUCACCACCUUUUCAAGUGCUGGACCUGUAGGAAUAUGUCAAAAUGCUCUGCUGUCAGGUCCACAGAGAAGUACACAGCUUUACCUGGACCCACAGGCCCAGAGGAAACGAGAGUAAAGUAGAUUUAGUUUAUUCAUCCUGGCAUGUUAACAUCCCAGUGGGUAAGGAUCUGAUGGUCUGUGCAGGGGUUUAAGUGUCUUUGCCCGCUCUUCAACCAGGCGAUGAGGCGUCUCCACCAGCUGCAGGAGAGCUGCACCGGCACAACUGUAAAGUUUCAAUUCUGUCACAUUUACUGGUUUUCACUCUGACACAAGGCUGUGGUAAAUAAAAGCUCCAAGGAAAA